AUACUACGCCAUGCUUGUGUCUUUGGUUCUGCUGUGUCAAUUACACGGGACGACGUUUGCGUUUCCUCACUGCACAGGGACGUUAAAUAGCUUGAAGCAACCUGAGCACAAAGACGUGUUCACAUCAGAAAAGGAGGCAAAUUUGUUCAUUGGACGCCGUCUUCUGUAUAACAGAUUUGAUUUUGAGGCAUUCACCCCAGAUAACCUGGAAAGAGAAUGCCUUGAAGAGCUGUGUAAUUAUGAAGAAGCCAGAGAAAUUUUUGAAGACCCUGAUAAAACGAUGGAUUUUUGGAAAGACUAUUCAACUAAAGGCCCUAAAAUAAAACUAGGUGAUGAGACACUACAAAAGAUAAAUGUUACAGGACUUCUCAUCAGUCUUGUCGCUGCUGGAGUACUGUUAGUUAUAACUGUACUGCUUAUCUUCUACUGCUGCAAAAGUAGAUGCAAAUCAAGGCAACCACCAGGGUACUUGGAUUACGUAAGAAGUAGAAGACGGAAUUCAUCUAGCAUCUUCAGAAGGCGUGAAGAAUUUUCUUUAAAUCCACUUCCUCUUGGAAUGGAUGAUUCAUCACUACCAACUUAUGAGCAAGCAGUUACUUCAGAUGGACAACAGUACAACAUGCCACCACCCCCUUAUCCAGGGCCCCCAAACUGGGCACGGGUGUUUAAGAAGUCUAUGUCACUUCCUGGUCCUUAGUCACCAGCCUCCUUUGGGGUGAGGGGGCAUUACUGGCACAUAACAUACUUUUCUAGAAAGUGUGCACUACCUUGCAUAUUGCAAGACAGGUUACAGAAAUCUUUAGCACAACUAGGAGCACAUGAAGGUCCCAGUUGGGAAGAGAGGUGAUCCGUUGCAAAGGCUGCAGGACUAUUAUUUGCACAAGGUUAUUGUGCCAAGAGGAGGGAAUGCAUAAAGAGGAGAUCUUGCACUGCCACCCUCUUACAUAUGCACUUUGAACCAUCCCAUCACACUACUGAUGUUUCAUUAAGUUUCAUCUUUCUCUUUUUUUUUUAUUUGGAAGGAACAGUAUUUUAAUUGGUUUUAUUGACACCAUUUUUUGUGACUAUUAAUACUUUGCCCUAGGAAGUCUACUUUGAUAUGUUCACUUAAUUACUGUAUGACUUUUCUAUUUGUUCUAGUAAUAGAUUUGAAUAUGAAAAUUAUUUCAUGAGUUGAUUUUUCAAAUAUAUAUUACUGCUUCUGGAUUACACUGGUUUGUUUUAGACACUGCUGGUUAACACACUACUCUAUUUGUUGUGGUAUUGUGAUUAAUGUUGGAUUAAAAUGAACAAUUAAUUGAA